AAUUAAUUGUUAAUAACGUAUAUGAUGUCACCAAUUAAUCGACACUUUCCCACAAUAACUAAAUUAAGCAAUUUAUCAUGAGUUUAAACUAAGCAUCAACACCUAUAUAUAGAGCUUUUGUUUUUCUUACAGUACGAAAAACAAUAAUGUCUGAUAAAAUAAAUCAAAAUUUAUUAACGGCUAAUCCAAAUUUUGCGGAAUUAUAUAAACAAUUAACGACACAAUAUUUGGCACCUGAUGGAACCACAAAAGCAUUAAAAAAAGAAAUUGAUCAGAAAGAGUUUAUUAAAGAAAGAACAGAAUAUUUAGAGAAUUUGACCUUAUAUAAUGUAUUACAACAAUUAUCUUUACAAAAUGAUUUGAAAAAUAAAAUUAAUUAUAAAGAAAACAAAAAGAUAGUAGAAAGUUUAGAUGAAGUAUUAUCUUUUGCAGAGUCAAAACAAUAUUUGAACUUUCAUCCAACAGAUUUAUCAUUAGAUAAAAAUAAUUACAUAUUUGAUUCUGUCGAAAAAGUAGAAACAGAAAAUGUAACGACGACCUUAUUAGGAUUAACAGAAGUAGAAUUAAUUAAACGUAUAGAGAAUGAAUUAGAAUAUUUAAGUAAAAGUAAUUCUAAAGAGUUUAUUUUAAAUUCUGUUGAAAGUAAACUAACAAGGCAAUGUGAAGAUAUUGCGAAAUUUUAUUAUACAGUGGAAGUAACGAAUACGAAUCCAAAGUUGUUGGCAGCUAAAGCAUCUCAAUUGGAUAAGAUAUUAAAUCAUAAACUUGAAGAAUUACGAAUAUCUAAAAUUAAUAUCGUAAAAAAUCAAAUUCGAUUAGGAGAACGUAUUACAGAUUAUCUAAAUGUUAUGAAAGAAAUAUUAGCAAAACUAUGGAAUUUAACAGAAGAAUUUAAGUUUCGUCACGAAUUUGAAAAAAAUAGAAUUUUUAAUGAUUAUUUUAGUGAUCUUGUUAAAUCUAUAUUAUUAAAAUUAAAGGUACUUAGAUUACAAGCAUUGACGAAUAUUUAUGAUAAACAAAUUGUCGAAUCUUUGAAUGUAAUUAAAAAGAAUUUGGUUGAAGAAGAAAAUGAGAAGAGUACAAUAUUAAAAAGAUUGAAUAAUAAAUUAAUGGAAUAUCAAAGUAUUGGAGAUGAAUUUGAACAAAUUGUACAAGAGUACUUGAAUAUUACUAAAGAAAUUGAAACUAUCAAAGAUGAUAUUCGAAGGAUUAAUGGAAAGGAGGAAUAGAAAAGUAAAUAUUUUUUUUUAAUAAUAAAAACAUGGUGAAUAUGUAUGAUUAUGUUACACGAUAUCAUGUUGCAUGAGUUGGCUGAAUUACGUGAUAUUAUUAUACAAAUAAGAUAUAAAUAAGAUAUAAA